AUGACUACACAUCUGCACUUCUAUGCCAAGGUGUGGUGCCACUCCUCUCCAAUAAUGCCAACCAUUGGCAUCACUAUUGAUGCUCUUGAACUAUAUCAUUGCGCACAUUUCAGGAACCCCCACUUUUUCAUACAGGCAUUCAUCAAAACUCUGGUGGAUCUUCAUGGGGCACUUGUGAAUGAUUGGGUACUGAAGGCCCUGCGUUGUGACCUACCUGAUUGGCGACUCAAGCAUGCAUGUCUGGCAUGCAUUUACAUACUAAAGGGAAAGGCUCCUCUUCAGUUCCAGCUUCUCUAUACCAUGGAUGACAAUAACUCUUUGAAGAGGGCCAGCCAUUCUGUUGCCGGCUUCUGUCUCAUCAUUGCAGAUAUGGUCCAAAGUGCUGAGCUUGCAAAGCAUCCUCUUGCUGUGGUAGAAAAGCUUUUUGAUGCCUUUGGUGAUGGCUUAGCCGGUGGGUUUGACAAUAACUUCCACUUGGGAAAUGUGCACGCAAUCACCUUGUAUUUUGAGCAAAAUGACACCUUUGAAAUAUACCAGAACCUUAAUAUCCUCGUCACUGGUCCAGUCAAUCUGGCAUGCGCAAUGCAAGAUUUGGAAGUCACUGAAAGUCUGUUUGAGACUUGGAAAAAGAAGCAGUAUCUCAAUAGCUUAUGGAAGGAACCCCAGGAUGAAACACUAAAAAUGGAGUAUCUAGAGCUAUUAAUUGAGUUACGGGAUAAGGAGUAG